GCGUGUGCAUAUGUCUAUGUGCGGGACGAUUGAGAGAUGGGUGUGUCUGUGCUAGCAUAGUGUACGUAUGUAUGCUGUGUGCAUGCGUGCGUGUGUGCGUCCUUUAAUAUUGUUUCCCGUAUUUCUGCAUCAGUUUGAUGUGAGUCCGGUUAAAAGCCACACCAAUUUUUUUCCUCUUUAUCACACGGUGAAACCUUUACAUUGGAAAACAACCAUUAACAACAGCAACAACAAAGUCUAAAAAAAAUAUAUACACAAAAAAAAGAAAAGAAAACACCUCCGAAAACGUGGAAUACAAACUCUACGUGUGAUAUUUCACAGAAACAAUAAUAUCGGAUACCUACCAUAUCAUUAUAAAAGCUAUAAGCAUAUCUAUCUGUCUGUCUGUUUAUCUAUCUAUCUAUCUAUUUUUCUAUAUAUCUAUCUAUCUAUCUAUCAGUCCAUCUAUCGAUAAAUCAAUAUGUAUAUAUAAAGGUUUAUAUAUCUAUAUGUGUAAACAUGCAUGUAAUUCGUGAUAAAGAUAUAGACACAUUAACUUUAUAGCUACUAUAUAAACCCAUACAUCUACACACAUACACGCAAUUUGGCUUAGAUAGAUAGAUAGAUAGAUAGAUAGAUAGAUAGAUAGAUAGAUAUCUUUUUAUACAUAUCUAAGUCGGUUUGCAUGUGUUUGCGUACCUGUUUAUGCGUGUGUGAAACUGUGUUUACAUGUGCAGACUAUAAAAUAAAUAUCUUUUUGUGAAAAAAAAUACUUAGUUGCGGUUUGCGGUGGAGAUAUUUCUAAAACGAUUAUUUGACAAGCCGUGUUUAUCAUAAAAGAAAAUUAAGUGAUACUGUGUUAAACGAAGAUUUUGCUUAUAUAAUAUAUAAAGACAAGAUCCGAAGGAGGACACACAAACCGAUAUUUAAACUCAUGCAGCAUACACAUGACAGACAAAAUAUAACAACGAUACGUAAAAAUAACGUAUUCCGAGGGAAUAAGUACCUCGCAGACUUUAAAAAACUAAAUAAGGAUUAGGAUCGAUUUUAUCGGCUAAUAAGCAGUUCACGGAGCUAAGACCAGCAGCACGUUCGCGCAGUCCAAUGACUGAAACAAGUAAAAGAAUAAAAAGAAAUAUAUAUAUAUAUAUAUAUCCAGAAGCGCAACAAAAAAGCACCAACAAAAAUAUAACUAAAAGCUAUCAAAUUGUAUCAACAACAACUAAGACAACACUAACAACAAUAUCAAGUAAGGAAACAUAUAGAAAACGACACACAAAAUGAGAAAUUUUUUCAAGUCGGAGUUUGCGGCCAAAAAUAUCUGGUUCGGUUACCCUCGACCGGAAGUGUUUUAUCUACCACAGUGGCAUCGACUGAGCAAUGUGUUCGUGAUCUAUCGGGUGUUGACUGCUCUGUUUACCAUCGCCUGCCUAAUCAACUACAUAAUUGCCACCACUAAUGACCCAGAUACUGACCAUAAUGUAAUGGCCUACCUCACCACUUGGGCCUAUAUCAUCCUUAUGCUACAUUUCAACAUUGCAGCGGUGAUUACUGUCUAUUGGAAAUGUCGUUCCUGUCGUGGAGAUCCUGAAGUUUCAAAUUACAUCAACGUUGUUGCACGUCCACGCAAGCACAAAAAGAGCGACCAAAAACAGCAACAACAACAACAACAACAACAACAGCUGCAGCAACAGCAACAACAACAGCCACAGCAAGAAGACCAGCCUACAGUAACUGUCCAACUAAACACGAACAAUGCCCCAGAUGAAGACACCGAACAACCAGUAUUCGGCACACAGCUCAGUAUGGAAACAACAAUGUGCGUGGGUAAAGUUGAUCAGACCACGUGGUACAUGAAACUCUCGUGGAUGUUCUACAAUGUCAGUUUCGUGUCGGCCAUUGUAGUCACGCUGGUAUUCUUCGGAGCCGUUUACCCGAAUCUUAGUCCCGAAGACAAGAAAUCUAGCUUGGGUAUCUCGUUUGAGGACCUAAGCAUACACGGCCUCAAUACGCUUUUGGUACUAAUGGAAGUCGCCCUUAGUUCUUUCCCCGUUCGUUUGGUGCACGCCCUCUAUCCGAUGUUGUACGGUCUCCUCUACAUGGUUUUCAACAUCAGUUACUGGUCGUACGAUCCGAAACGUAAUGUCAUCUACGAAGGAAUGCUUGACUGGAACCAUCCGUUAAAAUGUCUCAUCUUGGUAGUCUUGCUCGUCUUCGUCGUGACACCUAUCCUCCAAAUCACCCACUUCCUCUUCUAUAAAUUGCGCUCCCUUGUUUUUGGGCGUUCUGCGCGUUUAGAUUCCACAAGUUCAUUCAGCACGUGUGACGUAUAAACACAAACAACAUACAAAGAUAGCAAAAAAGAACAAAUACAAAGAAUGUAACAGGAAUUACAAUAAGUUAUGACACUCAUUAAUACAAAGAAAAACACAGAAUGAAGUUAUAUAUAUAUAUAUAUAUAUAUAUAUAUAUAUAUAUGAGAGAAGAACGAGACGAGGGCUCUGUCACAUUUGAAACGUGACAUCAGACGAAAAUGAAUCAAACAUUACAAAAAACGUGCAAUGGAAUUAUAUAUAUAUAAAAUCAUGAAGCAUAAAUGACAAAUGGCUUCUUUCGAUAAAGCACUCGAUUGAAUGAAAUAAGUUUAAUAACGAAGAUGAUAUACAUUCAUCUACUCGUAUAAAUGAAUUCACACAACUACGCGCGCGCGAGCACACGUAUACAUAUUCGCACACAUGCACACACACAAGCAUACACACACACACACACACACCACACACACACACACACGCUCAAAGAAGCAAUCACACACAUAUAUAUGUUGAGGAGGAAGAUACAUGCAAU